CCACAUCCACAUCACCUUCACUUCACGUACGCUAUGACCGACGCAAGCAACCCCGUUGAGCCCAAACCGCAGUCACGACCACUGGAUGAGAGUUUGUACUCGAUUGACGACCAGGCGCUCCAAUUUAUGCGAGAGCAGACGGGCAUACAGGACCCGGAGGAGCUCAGGAAGCAUAUCUUCGCCGCACAGGCUGAAGCGUAUGCGAUUCAUCCAUACAACUGCAUACGCAAAUUCGCGUUCGUUCAAUUGAAGCUUGGGCGGUUGCCAGCCUACGAGCAGCUCCUCGCACUCGGCAAGAACCGCAAGGGUGCCAUUUUCCUGGACAUCGGAUGCUGCUUCGGUAACGACAUCAGGAAGGCCGUGCAUGACGGGUACCCAAUCGAGAACAUUGUGGCGUCCGACUUGCACCCCGAGUUUUGGGAGGCGGGGCACCAUCUGUUCAAGAGCACUCCGGAGACGUUUCCUGUCCCAUUCGUUCCUGGAGACGCGUUCAACCCGGCGCACCUCGAUCCGGUACCUCCGUUCUACGCGCCGCCCGAUACCCCGCGACCGCAGCUCUCGACACUCACUUCCUUGAACCCUCUGCGCGGACACGUCUCCGCGAUCCACGCGUCCGCGUUCUUCCACCUCUUCGACGAGGAGCCGCAGUUCUACCUCGCGCGCGCGCUCGGCGGUCUCCUCUCCCCUGAGCCGGGGUCCAUGAUCCUCGGGGUGCACGGCGGGAGGCAGGAGAAGGGCUUCCGCACCGAGGUAGGGACGCACAGUACGCACCGCAAGACCCCUAUGUUCUGCCACAGCCCGGAGAGCUGGACGGAGCUGUGGAACGGGCAGGUCUUCAAGAAGGGGACGGUGAAAGUGGAGGCGUUUUUGCACGAGACGCCGCGGAAGGAUCUGGAGGGCGCGCCGGGUAUUGUGCCCGGUGCGAAGUUCUACAUCUUGGUGUGGUCUGUGACCAGGCUUUGAACUUGAGGGUCCCGUGUACGAUUAUGAAGCUGUCGCGAAUCCCAUGUUAAGUUACGCG